AUGGCGAUUGCCGGUCCAGCUGUCAUCACACGGCUGGAUCCAGGGGUGGUGAAUCGCAUCGCGGCAGGCGAGAUCAUCCAGAAACCCUCCAGCGCCCUCAAGGAGCUGCUGGAGAACGCCUUGGACGCUGGGGCCACAUCCAUCACGGUCAUAUCCAAGGACGGUGGAUCCAAGAUCCUGCAGAUCCAAGACAAUGGACAUGGCAUCAGGACGCUUGGAUUCCGAGGGGAGGCGCUGGCCAGCAUCAGCUUUGUGUCCCACGUGACCAUCACGACUCAGCCAGCCAUGGCUACCCACGCCCUGCGUGCAACCUACCAUGAUGGUGUCAUGGAUCCCCCUGGUCCGGUGCCGUGUGCCUCCAACCCGGGGACGACCAUCCUUGUGGAGGACAUGUUCUACAAUGUGCCGCUCCGGAAGAAGGCUCUCAAGUCUGCUGGCGAGGAGCAUGCGGCCAUCCUGGACAUUGUGGGACGGUAUGCGCUGUACAAGCCAGGCAUCGCUUUUGUCUGCAAGCGAUCGGGGGAGAGCAGGGCAGACCUCGUGACACUCAGGGGCGCAACCCGGCUGCAAAAUAUACGAACCGUGCACGGGGCGGCGGUGGCAAGGAACGUGGUGCCCAUCUCCUUUGCACGGGGAGACCUUUCGCGGUUUGACCACGACGACGCCCUCAGCUGUCAAGUGGAGGCUCUCGUCACGAGCGCUGGCUGGUCUGGGAAGAAGACGAUCUUUAUCCUGUUCAUCAACGGACGCCCGGUCGACUGCUCUCCGCUUCAGCGGGCCUUGGAGGCAGCGAUAUCAGCGCUCCUGCAGCGGCCAACCAAGCCCUUCCUCUUCCUGGACAUCACGCUGCCCUCCCACCAUGUGGAUGUCAAUGUCCACCCCACCAAGAAGGAGGUAGCGUUCCUGCAUCAGGAGGAUCUCAUCGACGCGGUGCGGGAGGAGGUCGAGGCGGCCCUGCUGGCGUCCGACCACGCGCGCACCUUUGUGCAGACCCAGCUCCCAGGUGCACCGGUCAUAGACGUCGCAGGCCCCAGCCAGUCCCAGCCCAAUGCUUACCGGCCUGAGCGCCUGGUGAGGACUGACGCAAAGGCGCUGACCCUGGACGCGUACCUUGGACAGACGCAAACUCAGGCUGACGGCGGGAAUGACGGACCUCGCCCAUCCGUCUCGCCAGCGACCGGCAGACCAGGCGAAGUGGCUGCCUGUCCAGAGGCAAGGAGCGGCGGGGUAUCGCAAGGCCGACCGAUCGACACCCAGGAGGAUGGGCAAGUGGCGCUGGCGGCCGCAAAUGGCAGCCCGUGCCCCUCUCCACACAGGCCCGGGGUCUACCCCGUCAGGCGGCCCCGGACCAUGCCAGGACCGCACACACUGCAGUCUGCUACAGAGGCAGAGGGCCCCUACGCCUUCAUGCCUACGGCGCUCGAGAUAGGGGGCCUGCUGGCCCCUGGGCCGACAUCCCCGGAGGAAGCGGACGCGAUGCCCAGCCAGGCGACCGCGCCGGGGCGCCAGCUGCAGCGCCGUGCGGUGACGAGGACGGGGUCGGGGCGCCGCAGCGAUGCGGGGGAGAGCCUGGUCAGCGUGCAGGAGAUGGUCCAGGAGGUCCAGGCCAGCGCCCACCCAGGUCUGGUGGAGGUCCUGAAGAACUACACCUACGUUGGCAUGGCCGACCCCACCUGUGUCCUGCUGCAGCAUGGGACCAGGCUGUACGCCGCCAAUGCGCUGGCCGCGCUGUUUGGGCAACACACCAUGCUGGAGGAGGAAGGAACCCCCGCCCCCACGCAGACCCUGCCCACCCAGGGCUUGCCAUUCGCGUCGCACGACUGGCAGAUGCAGCACCAGCUCCUGCCCCUCCUGCGAGCUCGCCUCGUGCCGGACAAGCUGCGGGCGCGGGACGGCACCGUGCAGGAGCUGACGCGGCUGGAACAGCUGUAUCGUGUGUUUGAGCGCUGCUGA